CGGAGCGCGGCCGGUGACGGUUCGUGUGUGGGCCGGGUCGUUGGCCGGGCCUUGGAGGAGUUUCUGCGGCCCUGUUGAGGGUGGGGCGCGGGGGACGGCGUUUGGGGUGUUCUCGUCGCGGUUUUAGCCCGGCCGGUGCUUGUUUUCCCCUCAGAGCUGCUGUGAGAAAUGUCCCAGCGGAAGCGCAGCAAAGGGCUCGGCUCUUCUCAGAUGACCGAUGGGGAGGAAGAUUUCAGCCCGAGCCAGGUGGAGCGGUACUCCCAGGACCAGGUGAACCAGAAGGUGAGUGAGCUGGUUCAGUUCCUGCUUGUGAAGGAUCAGAAGAAGAUGCCUAUCAAGAAGGCAGACAUGCUGAAGAGUGUAUUCGGGAAAUACCGGUCAUGCAAGGAAUACAAGGAUUUCUACUCAGAAAUCGUCAACAAGGCGGGCAGGACCCUGCAGGAGGUGUUCGGGCUGCAGCUGGUAGAGAUCGACACCAAAUGCCCCACCUACAUCCUCAUCAAUAACCUGCCCCGUGCUGAGGGCAAGUACCCGUGCAGGGACAAGGAGAAAGAGAAGAUGGGGCUCCUCUUAGUCAUCCUCAGCUUCAUCUUCAUGAAGGGCAACUCAGUCAAAGAUAGUGCUUUAUGGGAAUUCCUGAACCUGCUCCGUGUGUACCCAGGGAAGCAACACAGGGUGUUCGGGGACGUCCGGAAGCUGGUGACGGAUGAGUUCGUGCACCAGAAACCCACGCGAAUUCAAGUUCCAGUGGGGGCCACGGGCGGAGAAGGAGACCUCCAAGAAGGAUGUGCUGAACUUUGUGGCAAAGAUACAGGGAAAGGACCCCACGUUCUGGGCAAGCCAGUACAGCGAGGCCCAGGCCACCCCCUGACUCCCCAAAAUAAAGGCACCCCGUUGGUGUGCAGCCCCCUGAUCUCCAGGCUCAGUGCUUGGUUGUACAGGGUUUAAUUUGGGGGGAGCCCCCCUGUCCCCAAGGGACCCCUCAGAAGUGCUCGGGGAC